GCCUCCCCAGCGCUGGCCACUACCACACGGCCGCCCGCCCGGGCCUCCUUUCGACCUCGUGGCGGAGCCCUGCGGUUUCCCAGCGGAGCCGGGCCCGGGGCUGCUCCCUCGCGGGCGAGGCUCACCUGUCCCGGCCCGGCCCCCUCUCGCGCCCCAGGUGGCUCAGGGCGGGGAGGAGCCGCGCCCCGCCCUGCGCGGCCGCAGCCAACGCCGGCCCCAGGCGGGUGCGCUGGGAGCCUAGGCCGGGAGCCGGGUGAAGGCGCCGAGAGGCCCGGUGGGCGCGGGCGGCGAGAUUAUCGUGGAACACCUGCCCAUUAAUCUUGACCCUGUUAAAACAAUAACUGCCUAUCCAGAUAUGCCACACUACUGCCUGCUGUUGGCAACCCUCCUGGACUAGGCUGCCCCGUUAAUCACACGGAUGUUACUUGCCACCUCUGACUGUUUUGAGUUAAUGAUGAGAAGCCAGAUAUGCAUUGCUGUCAGAUAUAAGAGUUUGGACCGCCCAGCACACAAGGUCAGCAUGCGGCUCCUCUGUCACACUCUCGCUGUAGCUGUUGUCCAGAUCGUUAUCUUCUCAGAAAGCUGGGCAUUCGCCAAGAACAUCAACUUCUAUAAUGUGAGGCCUCCUCUCGACCCUACACCAUUUCCAAAUAGCUUCAAGUGCUUUACUUGUGAAAACGCAGGGGAUAAUUAUAACUGCAAUCGAUGGGCAGAAGACAAAUGGUGUCCACAAAAUACACAGUACUGUUUGACGGUCCAUCACUUCACCAGCCACGGAAGAAGCACAUCCAUCACCAAAAAGUGCGCCUCCAGAAGCGAAUGUCAUCUUGUCGGCUGCCACCACAGCCGAGAUUCUGAACAUACGGAGUGUAGGUCUUGCUGUGAAGGAAUGAUCUGCAAUGUAGAAUUACCCACCAAUCACACUAAUGCAGUGUUUGCCAUAAUGCACGCUCAGAGAACAUCUGGCGGCAUUGCCCCCACACUCUACCUACCAGUGCUUGCCUGGGUCUUUGUGUUUCCAUUGCUGUGAUGCCACCAUUCCUAGGAGAGGCAGAGACCAGCCUCUAAAGCACAAGCCAAAAACUGUGUGAACGGUGAACUUUGGAGUGAAGAUCAAUCUUGCACUUGGUGAAGAGUGCACAUUGGACCUCAAGGCGAAAGCCAGUGGUUUGCUUGGAUAAAAUGUUCCCUCAUGAGGCCACAGGACUGAGGAUGGAAAUUUGGCAGGGCCUGAGAAGAUGGUCUGACUUCCAGGCUUCCUGGUCAAAGAGAGCUACGUUUCGUCAGUUCUGCAGAGAGGAUCCUGGCAACUAGUCCCACCUGACUAGGCCUUUAGCUGAAAGGAUUUCUUGACUUCCUUGACUGCCUCAGAGGCUGCCAGGUCAAACCCUCUUGUUUAUGUGAUUAGCUCAGAGCGUCUCUAUGAAAUCUAACCCUUCCCCUCAUGAGAAAGCAGUUUUCCCCACCAACAGCGUAGUCAAUGAGAAAGGCAACUGUACGAAGAAAACUUCCAGUUGAACUAAUGUGAAAUCUAUUUGCUAAUUGUGGGGGGAAAUAAAGCUUUUAAAUUAUACAGUGUAAA